GAGGCGAUGACGAUGAUCAACAAACAGUGAAACGAAACACCGAAUUAACAUAUUUCAAAUUUGAAUGUAACAUUGAUCGAUCUUGACAGCUGUUAUUUCAUUAUUUUUAAUCAUGCAUUUUAUGUCGUGUGCAAUCUUAUUUUUAUCCAUUAGUUUUAUAACUGCUGUAGAAUUGACUUUUGAGUUAGAUGAGAGUGAGAAACAAUGUUUUCAUGAAGUUAUUGAACAAGGAGUGCAAGCAGUUGUUGAUUUCCAAGUAUUAGAUGGUGGAAAUUAUGAUGUUGAUGUUUCUCUGGAAGCACCUACUGGACAGAUCAUAUUUAGAGGCAUCAAAAAGCAAGCUGAUACUUACACAUGGAAAGCAGAUACAACUGGGGUCUAUUCAUUAUGCUUCAGUAAUGAAUUUUCUACCUUUAGUCACAAACUUGUGUACAUGGACUUUGAAGUUGGGGAAGAAAAACCACUUCCUGGACUAGAGGAACAUUUGCCUCAAAUGACAAAAAUGGAACAAAGUUCUGUGAAUAUUCACGAACAUUUGAACACUAUCGUUGACUACCAAACCCACCAUCGUCUUAUGGAAUCUAAAGGCAGGAAAUAUGCAGAAGAUUUAUGUGAUCAUGUUAUGUACUGGUCAAUUGCCGAAAUGGUUGUUAUCAUAAUAAUCGGCAUAGGACAAGCUUUUAUUUUGAAAAGCUUUUUUUCUGACAAAAAGUGAUCUAGAAUUCCAUCAUAGAUCAAAUAUAUAUUUAUUUCAUGUGAAACUGCAUGUAGUUUUAACUUUUUAGAAUUUUGUUUAAGGUUGUGCAUUUAUUUUUUUCUUGACUCAUAUGGUUGCUAACUGGGUUUUUGAUUUUAAACUGAGAAUUUGAUUUUUUUAAAAAAAAUGCCAACUGUGUCUUAAUAAAUUUAUUGUCUUUAUUAAAAAUAUUGCAUUAAAAUAUUUGUUUAGUAUUCUGUUGUUAUUUCAGAAGCUUUUAUUUAUAAAUUUGCAUUUAACUCUAUUUUUUUCACACUUUUUAGUAAUCUGCAUUUUAAAACAAAAGAAUAAGUAAAAUUCCUUUCAUUAGCUUUUAAAGAGAAUUUAAGAGAAAUAAAACUGCUGUUUAUCUAUAUUUAAAAAGCUGACCAUAAAAAAAUUAUUGAUGACUUAAUUGAAAUUAAAUUGCUUUUUUUUUAUCCAGAUUGAUUUAAAGAAAUUAAACAUGCUUUUAGUUGAUUAUAGAUUUAUUUAUGUUACUUAUUUAAUAUUCUAAAGUUUUCUUUUGAUAUUUAUUGUGAAUAUUAUAUGAAAUGUUAUUUAUUGAAGUAUUAUAGAGAAGUUGUGAUGAGUUCUAGUCUAUAUGUAUCUGAUAUAUUUUAGAAAAAAAAUCUUACUUAAGAAUAUUAAAUUGACAGAAUAUAUUCUUGUAUAGCUAUUUUGAUACUUGUGUAUUAACCACGUUCCAUUGGUAAAUUAUUAGCUUAACCAUAUGUUGUUGGCAAAUAUAGUUAAUGACGACAUAUCUUGGGUGUGUCUUCUUUUCCAGUAAAUGCAUAAGCACUGCUGUUUUUAAAAGAUUUACUGACCUCUCAAAGAUUUGAUUUAUGUAACUUUAAUUGGUUACUAUAAAUGAUAUAUUAAUAUAAAAUCUAUUUUUAUCUGCUUUAGAAAUUUCAUCAUACUUUUUCUGUCAUUAAAUAACAUUUUUAUAUUAACAUUUAUAUUUGAAGUAUUUUUUAUCCAUUUUGGUUUAUUUAAAAUUAGAAGAAAAGAAAUUAAAAAUGGUGAUCUAUAAUUUAAGUUUCAAAUUAUGAAAAUUUUGUCAUAUCAAAGUUUAUUACUUAGAAUAAAUUAAAUUAAGCUUUAAAAGAAUAGAAAUGGUGCUAUCCAUGCCAAAGAAAAUAUAGUGUACAAAAUGCUUUUCCAUUUCAAAGUGACUCAUCUGAUUGAUCUGAAAAACUACCUUGUUUUCCUCUGUGAGGGAAGUAAUAUACAUAAAUGUCAAAAUCUAUCAAACAUUUUUUAAAAAAAAUGUAUGUAUAAAAUAUAAAAAGGAUACAAUAAAGAUAUUAUUUUUAAA